GUUGUAGAUCCAGUGUGAGGUGCCGGAGAGUCCGUUAACAGCUGUUGUCCAGUGCUGAAGGUGUUUGUCGAGAGCCCAGUUCUCCUGUUGCUGUCAUGGGCUUCACGGCGGUGCUGCUGUCCUUCCUCCUGGUGUCUCUGAGCUGGUCCAGAGGAGCCAUCAUCACAGGGGCCUGUGAGAGAGAUGUGCAGUGUGGGUUUGGUCUGUGCUGUGCCGUCAGUCUGUGGCUCAGAGGUCUGAGGAUGUGCGUCCCAAGAGGUGUGGAAGGGGACGAGUGCCACCCUUUCAGCCACAAGGUGCCCUAUCCAGGAAAAAGACAACACCACACCUGCCCCUGUCUCCCCCACCUUGUGUGCAGGAGAUUCACUGAUAGCAAGUAUAGAUGUACCGAUGACUUCAAAAACAUGGACUAUUAAUGGGCGCCCAAACACUCAGAAGAAGAAGUGCACACCAGAAAUGGUAUUUCAGACUGAAGAUUUCUACAGGCUGUGGAUCAAACACACAUAUUUAAUCUUCACUGGCUGUAUUUUCUUCAUUUGUGUACUCUAUGCACUGUAAUAUAUCGUUUGUUUUCUCUCAGUGCUCACAACAAGGACAGGAGACACAUUUUCCAUUAAACCUUUAAAGCAUUUGCUGCUUUGUUUUCAAGCUCAUUUUAUGUUAAUUUAUCAAAAGAUGAAUGUAUAGAUAUAAUUGUCAAUGAAUGUAUAUUUAAAAACAUGUUCGGUUAAUGUUGCCUGAUUAAACAUAAUGUGUUACAUUUGAUGGAGGUAUACUGUGGUUUUAGUCUGAUUCUGAUGAAGGUCAAUCUAAGUGCUUUUUACUUCCACCAGCAAACUCGUGACCUUGCUAUAUAACUGAACUGACGACCAAAGG